UGUACGGUUAAAAAUGAAAUGCUCGGUUUUAACGAAAACGUAUGGAGCUGAGUGAAUAUGAGGCCAAGCGCCAGCGCCGCAUCAAGGCGAACCAGCAGCAGCUACAGGCGCUAAAUGUACCCAAGAUCCCGCAAUACACUCCGCCACCUUCUCGCAAGAAGAAGGAGGUGGGACUAUUAUACCCCGUGAGGAGAUCGCUGCGCCAGCGCCAACAACGUGAGGCUACCACAGAGCCACUAGAAACGGAGACCGAAGCGUUGAUAGCGCUGGGUUCGCCUCCUAGAGCCAAGAGAGCUAAGAUGGAACCUCCUGUGCCCUUAGACUUGCCCGUUACGCAACUAUCAUCCCCUAAUAAGGGCAAGAAAUUGCACAUAUCGAGUUCCCAGAUCGAGAUUCAACUGGAGGAAUUUCAUGGACGAUGUUUAGGAACGCAAUUGCUGCCUGUAGGCAAGCAGACGGCCAUGCAAGGUCUGUGUCCGCCUGGAUAUGUGGCCAAGUUCUCCAAAAUGAGUGGCGUGCAGCCGUGGAAGAAUUCAGUCGCGCUAUUCUUGAACGUCGAGAGCGAGUCGCCCUAUGACAAUGUGUUCCAUCUGGAGGAUGCGGACGGACGCAGUGCAGUGCAUUUCCAGUGGUUUGGGCAGAAUCGAUGGCACGAUGAGUCGCCGUUGGUGAUGAGAUUGAGGAAAGCGAAGAGAGGAGACGAGCGCUUGAGGUUUGAUGAAACAUACUAUGACAAGGACAGUGAGAAGGAGGAGGAGCCAUUGUUGCUAUUCCUCAGACAUACACAGGGUCCUUAUAUCUACUGCGGUCGGCUGGGGUACCUGGGUCAUCGACGGGGGUCCAAACCGCUGGAGUUUCGGUGGCAAUUGCUGGACGUCAACUCGUUGCAAUGGGAGAAGGUACAGGGGCUGUUAGCAUCGUCUGAAACUACAUCCAAGACCGACAGCAAGUAAAGGUGAACGCCCCCAACUCUCCUUAUUGCUAGAUACUAGCUAUAUACAACCUGUGACAUUGAGUGACUGACAAAGACUUUAUUACCUAGUACUCCACAAACUUGUGAGUUAGCCGGAGAAUUCUAUCACAACCAACGAAGACAGAAUUCCAGGGGGGGGGGGGGUCGUAUUAAUAGGGAGUUAUCCAAAGAAGUUGUACCUCGAUUUUUUUUACUACCACUAAGUAUUCCUUUUGUCGCUUGGGCUCAGCCCACAUCUCAAUAUAUUUUUUCAAAAC